AUGCACUACAAAUUAAUUAUCACUGAAAUACAAUUAUUUCACGUUUUUGACGACAAACGGGGAUAUAAUGUACUGUUUGUGACAAACAAUGACUGUGUGUAUGGGUUGGGCUCUAACGGCGGCGGAUCACUGGGUUUUGGGCACAACCUUCCCGUCCGAUCGCAACAACUUAUACCAAAAUUAUGUGACAAAAAUAUACAACAAUUCAUAACUGGCGUUGACUUUGUGCUGGCUAUUACUGAUAAUAAAAUGGUGUUUGGUUGGGGUGUUAAUGAUCAUGGGCAAUUGGCUAGACCACCUUGUUCGGAUCAGUGUGUGCCAGAAGUCAUUGAAUUUUUCAUUAACAAAAGUAUACAUGAAAUUUGUUGCGGUUAUUAUCAUUCACUAGCGUUGACCAGUGAUGGCCGGGUAUACGCGUGGGGACAGAAUAUGUUUGGCCAAAUAGGGUGCACAGAUGUUGACCAUGGUAGCGUAUAUGUUCCCAAAGAAUUAGACUUUAGUGAAAACUGUCAAAUCAAUAGUGUCUACUGUUCACUCUACUCGUCAUUUGCCAUUACAACUGAUGGACAAGUGUUUAGUUGGGGUCGAAAUCAUUGGUAUAAUUUGGAACACAAUGACCACAAUGUGUUGACACCCCGUAUAAUACCGGGUUACCGCAACAAAUGUAGUAAUUAUUUGCUGGAAAUGUUUGAAACAAUUAGACAAUUAGCCAAUGAUCAAAAUAAAACCAGAAGUUGCUCGGCACUUAAUGAUUAUAACAGACUCUUUGAAGAAUUAGGUAAAUUAGGCUCAGGAUCAUUUGGUACAGUUUAUAAAGUUAGAAAAUUAAAUGACGAACAACACUAUGCCAUCAAAAUAAUUAAACUCAAAAGUAAACUAAAUGUCGGAGAACACGAUGAAUUUUAUGCGGAAUUAAACCACCUAGUGACUGUCCGGUCUGAAUACGUAGUCAAAUACAUAGACUCGUGGUUUGAGGGGAAUCUAUAUUACCUACAAAUGGAGUUGUGUUCGGUAAAAAAACUCAACGUUUUCCUCCGAGAAUCGGGACAACCGAUGAAUUGUGUCGAGUAUUACAUAUCAUGCGAAAUAUUUCGUGAACUCUUACAAUGCGUUCAAUAUUUGCAUGAAUUGUCGCCACAAAUCAUACACCAAGACCUCAAACCUGACAAUAUAUUAGUCUCAAUGUGUGGGUCCCAAAGCAAUGGCCACUAUUUCAAACUAUGUGAUUUUGGUUUAGCCGCUAUUCACAAUAGGAAUGCGUAUGAAUUAACCGGUGGUAAACAUUCGGCAGGUGUGGGAACUGUAGGCUUUCAGGCCCCGGAAGUGUCCCGCGGACUGCCUUACAAUCAUUUGAGUGAUGUGUUUAGUUUGAGCAAAAUUGAUAUUUCUGAUGUGGAUCCAGAUUGUCCUGGAGUAUAUUCAUCAAAUGAAGUGUUGAAUAAAUCGUGGUAUAAUUUGGUAGAGGUGUUGGCGGCCAUGUACUCGACGCCAGGUUGGACAUCGAGACCCGAGUGCUCACAUCAAAACUGGAAAUUCUGA